CCAAUGCACCCAACCUAGUCAGCUCAUCCUUUCAAAAGAAGAAUUAUGCUAACACUCCCAAGACUCAGUACCAUAAUCUUCAUGUAAAUAGCAGAGAUACUGCAGAUAUAUAGCACCAUCAUCGACUGUUUUAGAGCACAGGUUGUCAGAAAUACAUAUCCAAUAUUAAUACAUAUUACAGUAUCUUGAAGUUUGUCUCAACAUCCUGGCUACUAUAGCCUUUAGAUGUAAUUUAUUUGUGGCACAUUUAUGUGAAAAAAAAACUGUCUCACUAUUAUUCAAAGGUAAUAAGAAAUGGAAUUUUAACUAAAUUCAUUUACUAGACAGUUCACUAUCUGAAUCAUAUUUAUUGAAUGACAGUUUUUUACCACCUGUAUUAUACAUUGUCUUGCUAAACCUGUAUUUCUACUUCCAGUGACUGUUUUUAAACUGUUCUGCCAUCUCACUGUUAAUUAAAUGCCAGCACUUGCACCAGGUUACUAAAUUCAGAUUAAAAUAUUAAGUUUAUCUACUCGUUAUACAUACUGUUAUUCUUUAAAUUUAUUUUUUGCAGUUUAAUACACUUUAACUUGCUGUUUUUAAAUUCUAAGCCUUUAUCAAGCUGUGUUUAAAAAAAUCAAAAUUUCAUGGGUGAAUGUCAAUAAGUGCAAGUUGUAAAUUAAGUCCAUUUGUAUUCGAUUGAUAUUUCAUUUUUAUGAUUUCCAUUGUUAAAUAUAAUUUCAGCCUUCUUCAAUAAGUACUGUGUAUUUAGUGUCAAAAACCUGUGUGCAUGGUAAAUUGAUGGAAGCAGUUUUAGUGGACUAUGUGUAUAAUUAUUGCAUUUUUUCAUAAGUGUUCCUGCAUACAGUAGGGAAAGUAUAUAAGUGUUCAAAGUAUUUAAUUUUUUUGCUGGGAAAAUAAAAAAAAUCAAAGCUUCACAUGAAUAUUCAUGCUAAAGACAAACAUCACUGUUCAGAGUGUCUGAAAGAUUUUAAACAAAAAUCGCAUCUAAUGCGACACAUGAGAGUUCAUACAGGACAAAAACAAUAUCAUUGUUCUGAAUGUUCAAAAAAAUUUUCACAAAAAUCACAUUUAAUUCGUCACAUAAGAGUUCAUACGGGAGAAAAACCUAAUCAGUGUUCAGUAUGUUUAAAAGGCUUUUCAGAUAAAAGUAAUCUUAUAUUUCACAUGAGAAUUCAUACAAAAGAGAAACCAUAUAAAUGCACAGUGUGUCUAAAAGAGUUUUCACAAAAUUCUCAUCUAAUACGUCAUUUAAAGGUACAUACUGGAGAGAAGCAAUAUCAGUGCUCAGUGUGUUUGAAAGAUUUUUCCCAAAAAUCAACUCUAACACGUCACAUGAGAGUUCAUACAGGGGAGAAACCAGUUCAGUGUUCAGGAUGUCUAAAGGAGUUUGCAGAUAAAAUAAAUCUAAUACAUCACAUGAGAGUUCAUACAGGGGAGAAACCAUACAAAUGCUCAGUGUGUUUAAAAGAGUUUAAACAACAGGCACAUUUAAUAUGUCAUAUGAGACUUCAUACAGGAGAGAAACAGUAUCAGUGUUCAGUGUGUUUAAAAGCUUUUGCACAAAAAUCCCACUUAAUACAACACAUGAGAGUUCAUACACUAGAAAAGCCAUUUAAAUGCUUAGAGUGUCUAAAAGAUUUUAAACAUAAAUUAUCUUUAACACUUCAUAUGAGAGCUCAUACAGGAGAGAAACCAUAUACAUGUUCAGUAUGUUCAAAAGCCUUUUCACGAAAAUCAUACUUAAUACGUCACAUGAAAGUUCAUUCAGUAGAGAAACCUGAGGAGAGCUUUAUUUAAAGCUAUUUCCAAAAUUGCAUCAGUUAAGGCAUUUGAAACCUUAUGACUGAGUAGUCAUGAAAAUUGUGAAAGUUGUUUUACUUUGAGAUAUUACUUGGUGUCAUAUGAGAUUUUUUUUUUAUGAACUGGAGCUGAAGCAAGUCAAAACAAACAAUUUGUACAAAGAUUUAGACAUUAUGUAUCAGGUGACUUACUCUUGUAUGUGGAGUUGCUAUAAUAGACCAAUUAAGAGAGGAA